AUGAGUGCCACCCGCUCCAAGACGACGUCUGCCGACGUCGACUCGGCCGAGACGGAGGAGACGGUCACGGUCACGCCAUGGGCGGUGACGUUCUCCCGUCUGCGGCUACGCUGUGAUAGCCGGCCCUACGGGGACCUGAAGGAGGCCAUCAGCACCAAGGACUGCUACUGCCUGAACGAGGACCCCAACAAGCCCUUCGGCAACCUCUUCAUGGGUGACGAAACGCUGCAGCUCAAGUCGGACGCCGAUGAGCAACUGAUGCUCUACAUCGAGUUCCAGGACGCCGUCAAGGUUUUCUCGCUCAACAUCGUGGCCCCGCAGGGAGAGGAGGCCCCGCGCGUGAUCAAACUCUUCGUGAACCGCCCCAACCUCGGCUUCUCGGACGCCGGCGACGUGGAGCCCACGCAGACGAUCGAGCUGAAGGAGGAGGACCUGCUGCCCGAGAACGACGUGGAGCUGCGCUUCGUCAAGUUCCAGCGCGUCAAGAGCAUCACCGUCUUCGUGGAGGAGAACAACGGCGCCGAGGAGACCGCCAUCUCCAGCCUCAAAUUCUUCGGUGAACGUCUGGCGGGCACCAACAUGAACGAACUGAAGAAGGUCAGCGAGGAAUAA